AUGCAAGGACCUCGUCCCGUUUCGCCCGUGCUGAGCGGUCUGGUGGGCGAGGGCCACCACACCGACCCGAGGCACGUCACCUUCACGCUGGCUGAUGCCGAGGGCUACGGUUUCUGCUUUGCCUGCGCUUGGGAGGUGCUACUCGACUCGAAGCAGCUCACCAUCAGGAAGCGUGCCAUCGCCCUCGAGAUGCUGAAGGUCUUGAGCUCGAUGGAUGAAGCCUCCGACUUUCUAUCCACCCACGGCCUCGCCAGCACCAGCCUCGCCUUCUGUGCGCAAGUACUGGGCGUUGCGGAUGACGCCCUGGCACGCACCGUUCUCGAGCUCGCUGCGCUGCUACAGGGCCAAACGACUGAUAAGUCCGCGUGUAUCGACAGCAUCCGCUUUCAGCUUCAAACGUUGACGUGGAAGCAAGCCCGAUAUGUGCUCGUGCUCCUGGGUCGCCUGUCCUAUGGACCCUUGAUUGAACACCUCCUGGGCGCUCUUUCCUAUCCCGACGAGGACACCCGCACGACUUGCACCUUUGUACUCGUGGAGCUCCUCUCCAAGUCGCAAAGCGACGGCGUACACACGAACGCAAUCGCGCUGCUGCACGCUCUGGCAGGGGGCGCCGGUUUGGAUAUUGUGCGGGGCAGCUCGGUUGUCGAGAGAGGCCACUUGGUUAAAGCUCUGAAGCCCCGGCUGCUCUCGUCACACGAACCGCUGCGAGCGCUCACGAUGCAAGUCAUCGCGAGAGUAUGCACAGGCUCGCCGGAGACCGUGGCCUUCUAUCUCGAUGAGGGAAUCGCUGGCACGUACCAGCUUUCUUUUGGGCAAUCAGCCACCAUUGAGCAUGUGUUCAUCGUGGUGGUUACAGACUUUGUUAUCGAGGCGUCGUGUGGGGCGUCAGGGCUCGUGCUGGGCUCAAGCAUUGGCGUUCUCACACUGUUUUCGGACCACCCUUCAUUCGGCUCCUACGUUUCGAUGCGCUCAUCGAAGUGCUUCACGAGGCGAUCGAGCGACUGCCGCAGGAAGGCUUGCGACUUCUGCUGA